UUUGUUAAUCAGUUAGAAAUGACAAGUGUCUGCAAAAGAUUCAUGUUUGGUUCGAAGAAGUGCUUUGAAUGUGUUAGAUGAAAAUAUUUACUUUGCUAAUUGUAAUUUAUUCAUACUGAAAAACUAGUAUAUUUAAAGUGUUUGUGUUAUUUUUCAUACAAAUUACUUUUCUUGACAUCCAUCUUUGUUGAAUCAGUUUAAACUUUAUCUCUUUUUUCAGUGGAGGACGUUGUUAUCUUUGUCUUAAAGAAUGAAGCCAGAGGUUAAUGACUCAUUUCUAUAUUAUAUUUACAGAGAACAUCGUGUUUUUUUUUUAAAUUUUCCUCAAUUAUUUGCUUUUCCUAAAACACACUUCCAUGUUUCUCUUGUUCCAUCAGGAUUUUCUCAUCUGAUCUGAUUGUGAGGAUGGGACACACUCUGCUCUGUAAACUGGAGUUCAUCUUAUUGCUGUUUUUGCUCCUCCACAGUGGACACACACAAGAUGCUGUGUUGACUGUUGAACCCAAAUGGUCAACUUUUUUUACGGGAGAAUCUUUUACCUUCAAAUGUGACAUGAUGGAAGGAAGAACGGAUGACUGGGAAUACACGUUGAAGAGACCCGAUAGGAUAUUAUAUUUAUAUGUCACACACGAUCACUUCACAUUCAAUCACCUGCAUGAAUAUUACAGUGGUGUUUAUCAGUGCUGUGGUCAAAGGAAGGGUUCAGAUCAUACGAAGUGUAGCAACAAUCUCUCUAUAAACGUUUCAGCAGACAGACCCAGAGCCAGACUGACAGCAGGAACAACAACUGUGUCAGUAGGAGACAGAGUGACACUGAGCUGCUCUGUGGAGAAAUCUGAUGGUUGGAAAUAUGAGUGGUUCAGAAGAACCUCAUAUAUAUCUGAAGACAAAAUAAAUGAUGGAGAAAAUGGAGAAAUCAGAGUCUCACAAGGAGGAAUCUACAGCUGCAGAGGAUUUAGAGGAGAACCAGCCUUCUACUCUGAUACAAGUGAAGAAGUCACCAUUGAAAAAACCUUUUCCAACAAAGUCAUUGUGACACAGAAACCCAGCUGGUCUCAGAUGUUCAGAGGAGAGACGAUCACUCUGACAUGUGAGGUUCAGGGAGGAGAAGGAGUUCAGUGGGAGUAUCAAUGGAGAACUCCUCAGUCAGAGACAUCCUGGAGAAACAAUAAAGACUGGACUAUCACAGCUUCCAUCAGUGGAGAAUACAGCUGUAAGAGCAGAUCCAGAGAUGAUUCAUAUUCUUCAACAAACUGGAGUGAAGCUCUAAGAUUAUCUGUUUCUGACAGACCAAGAUCCAGACUGACAGCAGGAACAACAACUGUGUCAGUAGGAGAAAGAGUGACACUGAUCUGCUCUGUGGAUCAAUCUGGGAGUUGGAAAUAUGAGUGGUUCAGAAGAACCUCAAAUAUAUAUGAAUACAGAAUAAAUGAUGGAGAAAAUGGAGAAAUCAGAGUCUCACAAGGAGGAAUCUACAGCUGCAGAGGAUUUAGAGGAGAACCAGCCUUCUACUCUGAUAAAAGUCGUGAAGUCAACAUUUACAUAAACUUUUCCAACAAAGUCAUCGUGACACAGAAACCCAGCUGGUCUCAGAUCUUCAGAGGAGAGACGAUCACUCUGACAUGUGAGGUUCAGGGAGGAGAAGGAGUUCAGUGGGAGUAUCAAUGGAGAACUCCUCAGUCACAGACAUCCUGGAGAAACAAUAAAGACUGGACUAUCACAGCUUCUAUCAGUGGAGAAUACAGCUGUAAGAGCAGAUCCAGAGAUGAUUCAUAUUCUUCAGCAAACUGGAGUGAAGCUCUAAGAUUAUCUGUUUCAGAACCAGAGCCAGAACCUGUCCUGAGAGUGUCUCCACGGUGGUUGAGUCCUGGAUCCUCAGUGACUCUGAGCUGUGAGGUUGAACAUGAGUCUGCAGGAUGGAGCUUCUACUGGUAUAAAGCUGUUCCUGAUCUAUCACACAAGUCUGGCUCUUACAGCUAUGAGCUGCUGCCUGCUAGCUCCAAUGGGACUGCAGACAACUCCUACAUCAUUCAUGGACAGACACACACAGCAGGAUAUGUGUGCAGAGCUGGAAGAGGAGAGCCACACGUCUACACUCUUUACAGUCAACCUCACUUUGUCUGGUCUGGAGAUCUUCAUCCAUCAGCGUCUCUCUCAGUGAGUCCUGACAGAGUCCAACACUUCACCUCUGACUCUGUCUCUCUGACCUGUGAGGGAAACUCUGCUGAGUGGAGAGUCGGCAGCUUUCUGCUUCCUGACUUGCUGUCAUUCUGUUCUGACUGGGGAACAAUGAAUGGAUCAACAUGUCAUGUUCAGAAGAUCCAGUCCAGUAAUGCAGUGUUCUGGUGUGAGUCUGGAUCAGCAUUCAGCAACGCAGUCAACAUCACUGGACACUAUGAUGAUCUGAUCCUGCUGAGUCCUGUCCAUCCUGUGACUGAGGGACAUUCUGUUACUCUUGGCUGCAAGUGGAGGACAGAAAAUCUUCUUUCUAAAGUGUUUUUCUAUCAGAAUGACACAUUAAUCCAAAGUGAGAGCAGAGUGGAGAUGAUCAUCCCUGCAGUGUCAAAGUCACAUGAAGGCUUCUACAAGUGUCAAUCCUCAGGAAAAGAAUCUCCACAGAGCUGGUUAGCAGUCAAAUCUACAUUGAUGCCUGACAGCUCAUCGUUUUCUGUGUUGGUUGUUGGUUUAAGUUCUGUAAUUUUGGUAAUUGUAAUUUUCAUGAUUUGGUUUCUCUGUAAAAGAUCAAGAGAUUCAGACAUAAUCAGUAGAUUUCAGGUCAACACUGCUGCAGACCACAAUGAAGCUCAGCAAGGAAAUGACAAUGUUCUUCUUCAUGGUCCUGAAGAAAUUCAGAAUGAUCCAGAAGAUGAAAACACAGGUGAAUCCAGAAUGGUUGCAUAUUCUUCAAUCAAGUUUAAAACCUUUACUAAAAAAAAAAAGAGACAGAAACCAGCAGAGAACUCAGUUUACUCUGAUGUGAAGACAGGAGCGUCUGCAGGAAAAUCCUCUCAUUCAGUUGAUGAGAUAAUUUACUCUGAAGUUCAGUGAAGAGCAGCACUUGAUCACAUCAGAACAAUCGUCUCACCUGUAGGUGGCGCUGCUAAGGACGGCUGCAUGUUUGCUUGGCUCAAAAUGUUUGCCUCUCUUUAAGUCUCAUUUUAUCCUUUUCUUUAUCAUUUUAUUUUUAUUUUACAUGUGAGCUUAAAACUUAUUUGCAGCUGUGUAACAUAUAAUCCUAAAGGAACUCAAAGAUUAAUUAGAUUUUCUGAGACUUUCACUGGAUUGUUGGAGGGAUCAGCUGAUAUAUCUUUUUCAUGCAAUCAAAUCUCUCUGUUCUAUCAAGACUGAUCAUAAACAACAUUUUCCUUUAAGAUUCUGAACAUCCAGAUCCAACUCCAGCUGUAGAAGGAGUAUGAGUCCUUAUAUAGUAAGGCUUUGAAAUAUUUUGUUUAGGAUUUUUUUUGUGUUCUUUUCUUUUAAAAUACUUUUUUGAAAACUUUUGUUUAAGUUCAAAAGAUGUUAAAUCUUCUUUUUGUUAAUUUCAUGAUAUUGUCAAAUAUUAAUGUAUUUUGUUACAUUCUUUACUUUUAAAAUUUAAACAAAAAUGUUAAUUUCUGUCUUUGUGAUUCUUGGAUUUGCAAAAUGAUUCAGCUUUCCUUGUGAGCUGAUGAGAGAUCCUUUAAAAAUUAUGACAUAUUAAUUCUUGAUGAACAACAGAAACAGCCUCAGAUGUUUUUAUUAAUCAACAAAACUUCUCAUGUUUGUCAAGGAUUUCUCUGCAUCAACAAACCUGCAAAAAACUCUUAAAAUAAUUCUCCUCUGAUGACCUGAAGGUGAUGCUUUCACUGA